AUGGACGAAAUCAAUAAAAAUCUUCAAUUCCUUAUACCCUCUUCAGAGAUCAUUAAAAAAACAUACUUAAAACAAUGCAGUGAAGACGUAUCUCGAUUUUUGUCGUUGGAAUCAAAAUUCGAUUGGAACAUUAUUACAGAAGUGGAUUUGAGUUUUUUAAAUAUUGUACACAUUUGUAACUUCACAUUAGUUACAAACCUAAAGUAUUUAAGAUUGGCUCAAAACAAGAUACAAACGAUCGAAAACCUAGAUCAGCUUACAAAACUAGAAAAAUUAGACUUAUCGCAUAAUAAUAUAUUGAAAAUUGAAAAUCUAGACAAUUUGACCGCGCUAACAUUUAUUAGCUUAAGUGGCAACAAGAUUUCAAAGUUGGAAAACUUGGAUACAAUUUCACAACUACAAACUCUACUUAUCAAUGAUAAUAAAAUAACUAAUAUUGAUGAAUUAUUCUAUUUGACACGUUUUAAGUACUUAAAAGUUUUGGAUAUUAUGAACAAUCCUGCCACUGAAUACUUUACGCCGGCCGACUUUGAAGCUAAAACUGUUAAAUUUCCAAAUUUACAGUACAUCAACUCUAAACGUAUACCAAAAUCGAUGAUACUUCUGCCGGAAAAUGAACUGGAGUAUAAUCGCCAUAAUUUAUCACAGGCACCAGAUGAACGCCAAGACAUUUUAACUGAUGCGAAUGGUGAACAAUUUAUGUAUAAUGUAAUAUAUAAAGAUGAUAAUGCUUGGAAAAUACUUAGUAAAUUGAAUAAAAACGUGCUGAAGUCUUUUGUAGAAUAUGAAAAACAAAUUAAGGAGAAUGCAAUUGCUUUGAAUAUAAUAAGAUUGAAAAAGUAUAAACUUGUUUAAAAAAUAAAACAUAUAUUGUUUAAACAUAUAUUAUUACAUACUGUAUUUAUUAUUAACUUUCAGAAUCGAUGGUCAAGAAGAAAAAUCGUUAAAGUUUAAAAUGGCUUAUUACACAUUUGAAAGAGAGUGGACAAAUAAAAAUCGUAAGCUGAUAAGAGAACACGAUGAAAUUACACAAAUGAGAAUCAAAGUACGUAAAGAUAACGAAAACGGAUCUGUAAUAACGAUCAAUAAUUCUGGAAAUUUAUUUUCACAUCGAUCAUUGGAUUUGGAUCCAAUAGAAUCUGUUACAUUAGAAUUGGAGGAUGAAAUGAUAGCUUUGACCGAUCGUUUGCAUAUGAAUAAUAUUUAUAUAAACGAGUCUCUCAUGUCAAUGAUUUCCAAAUAUGAAAGUAAACUGGAAGAUGAAUUAAAAAUGUUUACCGAAUCGGUAGCUGCAAUAUAUGCCAAUAUCCGAAAAUCUGAAACUGACUAUUCACAAAUAUUGAUGGACAACGUAAGGGCGACCGUAAAUAAUCGCCAAAAAGUUAUACCACAAGAAAUCACGAAUCGAUUUGAAAAUAAGUAAUUACCUAAAAUAUUAUUAUAGUUAUGAAGGAGACAAUUAGUUAUUAAAUUAAAAACAAUUAUAUCUAUUUGUUUUCAAGAGUAAUUUUAGUCGGAUUGAUAAAUGGCGAUAAAUAAGAAUCCAUAAAAAUAAUACUUACUGUGUGGUGGUAACUUUUUUUUAAUAUUGAAAAACAAAAUUAAAUUAACUGUUUUACAUAUCCUGAUUUACCUAUGUUUUAUGACUUAAGUUAUUUAAUGCUAUUACAUACUAUAUUUACGAUUUCACGGGGAUUUCAACUUUUAGAUAUGAAAUCAUAGACGCCGCAAGUGAAUCCGGUGAAAAACACUUGGAACAGAUUUACAAACAUGAGGAAAAUCUUAUUUCGGACACAAAGAAAUGGACUAAAAAGACAAUUGACGAUUUGAAAAUUACCGAGAAAAAAAGAUUUUGGAUGGUAAUUGAAGAAAUUAGAAAAUAUCAUGACACAAAUACGGAUAGCAGCCAAACACUCGAACAAGAAUUAACAUAA